AUCAUGUGCUCCGGGGGCUGUGCGAAAUGCCUGGGCAUCACCUUAAUCCCCUUAGCUAUACUGUGUGUCCUGGCAAAUAUCCUACUGUUUUUCCCUGGUGGAAAGGUAGCCAGCAACACUGAUCACAUCUCAGAUGAAGUAUUUUACCUCGGAGGGCUCGCAGGAUCUGGAGUUCUGAUGAUUUUCCCAGCUCUGGUAUUUCUGGGUAUGAAGCAAAAUGACUGCUGUGGAUGCUGUGGUAAUGAAAGCUGUGGGAAGAGAUUUGCGAUGUUUUCUUCCGUCAUCUUUGCUGCCAUUGGUCUUGCUGGAGCUGCCUACAAUUUCAUCAUUGCUGCAGUGGCUAUAAACAAAGGGCCAAAAUGUUAUAUAGGAACAAUACUUGGUCAAGAGGCUUGGGGUUAUCCUUUCGGAGAUGGGAAUUAUCUAGGAAAACCUGAAAUAUGGUCCAUCUGUAGAGAAAUAAACUCCUUUAAAACUGAGAUUAUUGUCACUUGGAAUUUGACCCUCUUCUCUAUGCUCCUGAUAAUGGCUGCAGUACAAGGUGUACUCUGCGCUGUACAAGUCAUCAAUGGUCUUAUUGGGACCAUCUGUGGGGACUGCAAGUGCGGAUGCUGUGGCGGGAAUGAUGGACCUGUUUAACUUCUGAUGGAUUUUCCUACAUUCCAUGAAUUCCAUUCAUCAUCUACUAUGACAAUGUGAGCUACUAGGAGGAAGACUAGAAAUGAAGAGCCUCUAUGACUUUGAUUGAAUCUUCUUUUGUACAAAACUGUAAAACAAAUAAAGCACUUUUACACAAUUCAUAAUUUAUAUAUUUUAUGACAUACAGAGUGUCAGAUAUUAGGAGGUUAUCACUCCUGUCCUGCCCUACUGCUAACUAUGAUAAUAAUAUCUGUUUUGAU